CUCGAAGGGGCAUGUCCAAAGAAAACUACCACUACAAGGUCCACUCUUUAUAUAUUCACCACAACUAUUAAUUGGUACCUUGUUUUCAUCAAACAAAUUAUAGCUCGAUCUGCAGGCUGCAACUUUGUCCAUUCCAUUCCUAUUGUUUUGCAGAUCAAGGGAAACAUGAUAAAGGAAUCAAACAACAAGCAAAGCAAGUUUAAGCAUUACAUUUUAACUCCUGUUAGAAUUCUAAACAAGGCUAAGGGGUUGAUGGCUUGUUCUGGAAGAAAUGCUUGCUCUUCACCUGUUCACAUUGCAGACACUAAGAGCGUAGUUAACAAUGUGAAUGCUCCAAAUGGUAGUGAAAGACAGUCACUGAGGGAGAUUUUAAGAACUGCGCCGAUCAAUGAAACAAGAUUUGUUACAAAUAUUGGAGAAAAAGUAGUGCCAAUCAGAAAUAAUAUAGGGAGUGGUGGUGUUGUUAUGCAAAGGAGGCAAAGGCAGCGGAUUGCGGGGUAUAAAUAUAAUAGAAAUAAAAUGAGCUAUCAGACUGAGGUGAGAAAGAUGGGGAGAAUUGAUGAGGAUAAACCUUGUUACUUUGAGGAAGAUGAAAGUGAUCAUUCCAUUUCCAAGGCCAGUUUAGUGUAUCUGUAUCCAAGAAGUAGCAGGACCAGUACUGUUGUGAAGAACCAAACGCAGUGAUGGAAUAUAUGACAUGAAAUCAUGUACUCUUACUAGCCUCUAGAAGAAGAACCAAUUUUCUAGAUAUUAUAUGGUUCAACUUUUUCCAUAAACUCACCAUGUAGUUUUGGAGUGUACUUAAUUUUCAUUUUCAAUCACUAAUAAUUUUGUUCA